CUGGAGUUGCCCAAUUGCAGCACACUUUGUGAGUUUAGACGCUGUGAACAGAGGAGUUUUGAUAGUCUGCAGUCUGAAGAUCAACAUUAACUCCUGCCUUAAAAGACAAAGGGAAGACCUUGUGGAGACUCAGUCAGGCACCAAGCCAAAUGGUUGAUUAACCUGAGUAAGCGACAGUAUCAGAAGUGGGUAGAGGGGCCCUAGGAAAAGAACACUUGGAGAAAGGGUAUAACUAGCCCACCUCUAGGUGAGAACAGUUAGAAGAGCAAGAUGACUCAAGAGGGAGAUAGUCAGUCCGGGAGCAGAGAUCAAAGGGACACCGUUAGUUUGUGAGUAUAAUCACUAAGCUGCUCGGGCUCAAGAGAGGGAAGACGAAGACCUGAAGCUACUGACUCCUUUAAACUGAUUGUCUCAGCGUCCCAUUGCCAUGGCGACAUGCUCCUCCUUUGCAGAGAUCAUCGAGAAUGAUUUUCUCAAUUGCAAUAUCUGCUUAGAGAAAUACCGUAACCCCAAGUACCUGCCGUGUCACCACACUUACUGUGAGGAGUGUCUGAGGAAGCUGGUGCCACACAAAACCAAAGUCUUUCAGUGCCCAGAAUGCAGACAGGAAGUCACCCUGAAUGAAGGAGGCAUCAGCAACCUGAAGACAAACUUCUUCAUCAACAGCCUUCUCAAUAUUUUGCCACUCAAUGAGACUAUUGGCAAGAUGUGUAGCGUUUGCCCAUCAAAAGGGCAGCACGAUAGACCCGCGGUCACCCAGUGCUUUGACUGCCCCAGUUUCAUGUGUCAGCUCUGCACAGACGAUCACCUCUCGAUUCCCUCACAACACCAACACAAGGUGUUGAGGCUCUCUGACACCAGCUGUGACGCUGAGAUCCACGUGAGGAAGAAGAUUUACUGCGCUGCCCACCCGAAGAAGGAAGGCGGCUAUUUCUGCAGACCGUGCAAUGCCUCGAUAUGUGACACUUGCCUCGUCAAUUCUCAUUCCCGCCACGAAGCGCUGUCGAUGUCCAAAGCCGCAGAGUCCAGCACACCAGCUGUGAGGGAGCUCGUCGGGAAACUCAGCACCAAGGUCCAGUCUUUGACCAGAAGCCAAGACGACCUGAAUGCGGCGCUGGAAAAGCUGAAGGCUGCAGAAAGGUCCAUAGAGUCCAAAAUGGUGGACGCAGUGGCACAGGUGCAGAGUGCCCUUUUUAAGCAGAGGGACGACAUCAGGAAGAAAAUGUCCGAUUUUGUCAAGCAACAGGAAGCACUGUAUGAGACGGCCAAGGCAGACCUGCAGAGACAGACGAAGAGUGCAGAGAGCACCAGAGAUUACUCAGAGAGAGUCUUGAGGGCUGGCCAGAACGGCAGCAUAGUCUGUUUGGAGAAGAUUCUCGGAGAGCAAGUGAGGACACUGCUGGCGUACCAGCCACCCAGUAUGAAGGAGGACAUCCCCAAGCUGGUGGUGACCAAGGAUUACAUGUCUCAAAUGGAUCUGUUCAGGAUUGAACUUGGUCAAGAAGCAGCAAUGCAGAAAAUCCCUCCAGUUCCUGAUCAAGCUCCGGAGCAUUGGCAAGAAUUUGCUCGCUUUUCCAGUCCGGAGCUGCCUCCAGUGCAGUCCCCUUAUGAAAACGUGGCAGGCAAUUGGCUAAGACCAGCCCGUCGCUGCAACUUCACGACUGAGUGCUAUGCAGAGUGCAAUUCGAAGCUGACCGGCGUCAGCAUGUUGAACAAUGGGGACAUCAUUGUGGCAGACGAAGCCAACGGUAUUCUGAAGUGUUAUUCAAUCGAUGGGGAUUUCAGGAGGCAGAUCGCUAUUGGAGAUACAGGCAAAGAUCCAUGCAGCGUUGCAGUGUGCGGUGACUUGAUCGCUUGCACUGCAGAGAGCAAGCUUUAUUUCCUAGAUUACGACGGUGAUCGCGUGAGACAGCUUUUGCUCAGAGGCUCAGAAUCCAGUUACCCCAUCACCGCUUACGAAGACCAGUACGUAGUGGUUAGUGAGGGAUCGAUGUGUUCACUGUCUCUCUACGGCCUCGAUGGUCAAGUCGUUGACCGCGUGAAGCCACAAGGGUACCAAGGUAUCCGCUUUCUCUUCGUUGCGGUGAGCAGUCAAGAGAAUUUCAUCGUGUCUGACAUCGGCAAGAAAUGCCUGGUUAUCUUCAGGAGGAAUGAGGACGUCAUAAAUAUUUGCGAUGAGAUCUGGAUGCAAGGGGUGCCUCGAUCCCUGAAUCCUUUCGGCGUGUGUGUUGAUAGUUAUGAUGAUAUCUACGUAGGCGAGCCAGGCUGCAUUAUCUCAUUCUCCCCUGAAGGGAUAUUCAAGCAAGAAGUGCUGGCUUCGCUUGAUGGGAUAAACAUGCCACGCGCUCUAACAGUGGAUGAAGACGACAACCUGAUAGUGACCCAGACCGACGGGGAGGUUUAUGUCUUUGAAUUAUCAACAGAAACGAACGAGGGAACAAGCGAGGAUGAUUGGGAGUGGUGAGGUAUAUUCUACGUAACAAUUUGCUUUAAAGAGAAGAGAUGGUUAAGAGGGGACCUAACAGCAGUUCUUAAAAGUGUAAGAUUAUUUGUUGAGCAACAGUUCUUUUGUUUUUCUCUCAAUGCGCCCUAUCCGGAAAGUUCUGUUUGUAGAAUAUUACUUGUUGAAUAAAAUAGAAUGGUUUAUAUGUGAUAAUAAAUAAA